AUGAAGUUCUAUAACAGGGAAGCAAAGGAAAUCCGUUACAAAGGACUUGAUCAGAAUGAUAAUGCAGAAAUAUCUUCUCGGGUUAUCAAUGAGGAAAUAAAUUAUAAAGACUUUGAAGAAAACUUUGAAAUUAACGGAGAACUGUUGAAAGUGGACAAGAAAUUAGGGCAUGGCUAUUUCGGAAAUGUCAGUGAAGGUAAACUGCAAAUGGAGGCGGAACGUGACGUCUCAUUAGCCGUUGCGGUCAAAACGGCUAAAGAUGACAAUAAAGAAAAAUAUGAAGAAAAAAAAGAACUACUCUUGAAAGAAAUCCUUGUAAUGUGUGCGAUUGCAAAACAAAAGCAUGCAAAUGUGUUAGCUAUCAUUGGUGCUGUCACCGUAGAUCCAGCAGCAGUAUCUAUCGUGAUGGAAAUCGCACAUACCGAUCUUCAGACAUAUCUAGAACACCAUAAAGGGUUCACAAAUCGUUUCGUCCCAGUAGACAGGAACGAUGCAACAUCAGAUGAGGAAAACCGAAAAACUAACACCUACAGAAAAGAAGAAUACGUUGUCAAUAACGAUUUGAAUACCCUAGACACUUUCGAAUUAGUGCUGUUUGCAUAUCAAAUCGCCAACGGGAUGAAACAUUUGGCUAGCAUUCCGUGUGUUCAUCGUGAUCUGAAACUGCGCAAUGUUUUGAUAACCAAAAACAAAACCAUAAGGAUUGGAGAUUUCGGUUUAGCAAGAAAACAUAAAGACAGGAAUUAUUACACAGAAACAAAAGGUAUAAUCCCUAUACACGCGGCGCCAGAAACAAAAGAAAAUUACAAAUUCACUGAGAAGUCUGAUGUUUGGUCAUUUGGUCUCUGCCUCUAUGACCUUUUUACACUCGGAACCAAAAAACUAAGUGAAUUAAGCGAAAGUGCAGAAGAUUUCUCCACCAAACACAAAAGAUUAACUGAACCUCAACACUGUCGCAGUGACCUAUUUGAGUUUAUAGAACUUUGCUGGGAGUUCAACCCGGUACAUCGACCCAAUUUCAUCACGGCCGUGUAUAUUUUCAAAUGUGAACUUGGACGGUUUUCUGAUCAUACUUUCAAUGAAAUUGAAGCAAAAUUGAAAUUGGAGUUGGAGGAGCAGAAGAAGUUGGAAGAUUGGGUUCCGAAAAAAAAACUUUAUGAUUGA